GGCCCCGAUUGGCUGCGCGCACAGCCUAGGGGCGCCUGCCCACGCGUCCGGCCGAGCCCGCCCCUCCAGGUGCCCGGCUCGGCGAGCGGGCACUGCAGCUCUGGACAGCUGCCAGAGAGGAUCCGUGCAGAAUGAAAAUGCAGCUCCUGGUGUUGGUCUUCUGUUUGGUCCUUGGGACCCUGCAGUCUGAGUCGUCCAAAGGGAAGCUGGCAGCUCUGGAUCCUGAAACAAAUAUGAACGUGAGUGAGAUUAUCUCUCACUGGGGGUUCCCUAGUGAGGAACACUUCGUUGAGACAGAAGACGGCUAUAUUCUCUGCCUUCACCGAAUCCCUCACGGGAGGAAGAAUCGUGCUGACAAAGGUCCUAGGCCGGUGGUGUUCCUGCAGCAUGGCCUGCUGGCGGAUUCCAGUAACUGGGUCACAAACCUGCCCAACAACAGCCUGGGCUUCAUCCUGGCCGACGCGGGUUUCGACGUGUGGCUGGGGAACAGCCGGGGAAACACGUGGUCCCGGAGACACAAGACUUUCUCAGCUUCUCAGGACGAAUUCUGGGCCUUCAGUGAAAAGUCGGAAACUACCGAGUGCCCACCAGCCGUGAGUGGACAGAUGAAGUGCUGUGUAUUUAUGCAAGGGCACAUCCCGCGGCUGUGCAUGGAUGCCGCUGCAAGAACGCGCACUGUCUGGUCCCACUUAGAGAACAGUUUGAAAAUGGGUUUUAUAGCAUUUUCACGGAUUCCCGAGCUGGCCAGAAAGAUUAAAAUCUUUUUUGCCCUGGCUCCUGUGGCUUCAGUCAAGUUCUCUACUAGCCCCCUGACUAAAUUAGGAGAAUUUCCAGAUUUUCUCGUGAAGCACUUAUUUGGGGUCAAACAGUUUCUUCCCCAGAAUAUGUUUUUGAAGUGGCUGAGCGCACAUGUUUGCAGUCAUGUCAUUCUGAAGGAACUCUGUGGAAACGCCUUCUUCGUUCUGUGCGGCUUUAACGAGAGAAACUUAAAUAUGUCUCGGCUGCCCGUGUAUAUAACACACUCUCCUGCCGGAACUUCUGUGCAAAACAUGUUACACUGGGGCCAGAUGGUUAGAUCCCAUAAGUUUCAAGCCUUUGACUGGGGAAGCAGCGCCAAGAACUAUUUCCAUUACAAUCAGACCUCCCCUCCGCUUUACAACGUGAGGAACAUGCCGGUGCCCACUGCCGUGUGGAGCGGGGGCCGGGACACGCUGGCAGACGUCAACGAUGUCACCAUGCUGCUGCUUCAGAUCACCGACCUGCGGUACAGCAAGCGCAUCCCCGAGUGGGAGCACCUGGACUUCAUCUGGGGCCUGGACGCCCCCUGGCGGCUCUAUGACGACAUGGUGACUCUGAUGCGGAAGUACCUUAAUGUGUGUGUGGCCUGAAAACCGGUCUCUCUUCUUGUCCCUGGGUUGCACAAAAGCCGUCCCAAGGUGGCCGAUGGGAAGAAAAGGAAGCAUCUUCAAUAGAUGUUAGUGAGUUCAUAAAACCCACUGCCAAAGCAGCUCAGCGGCUAACUGUACUUUGCCAAAAAACCUUCCUUCAAGUGCUUC